GGGGGGGGGGGGUAAUGGAAGGAAAGGUGAGGGGUAGUGAUAGUGCUGGUGGUGAAUAAAAAGGCUCUUUUUCCAGUUUGUUUCUGUGAGGCCACAAUCCGGUCCCUAUUAUGUAAUUAGUAAGGCCUAUGAAGCUAAGCGACGGUUGUUUUAUGAGUAGUGCUGAUCUUUUAGCUUUACACUAAUGUAUCUUCUUUUAUCAUUCAUGGUUCCCGCGGGUCCUAUAAAAGCCUUAAAUUCUUAAAUGUUAUUCCACGUUUUGGAUCACUUCACCUAUCUGGAACACGUAGGACGAUAUCAUUUUCCUACGUUAUAUCGUCCUACGAUUUACGUUUUCGUAGAUGAUGUUCGUUUAUCGUCUACGAUUUAACAUCGAGGACGAUUUACGUUUACGAUUUACGUUACGAUUUACAUUUUCGUUUUUGAUCUAUAAUGAAUCCGAAUAUUGGACCACCUUUCACGGAAAAACAGCUGAGCACACCAUCUCAACAUCGUUAUCGUUUUAUUACAAGAUCAUACCGAGGAAGGCAGUUCUAUCUCAUGCGUUUCCUUAUGCGAGGGAUCACAUUCGCAAAGGCGCGACGUUGAAGACUAGCACAAGCCAAAAAAAGUAUUUUCGCAACAAAAAUGACAAAUGAAUGACCUUCAAAAUCCCUUUUUCGUAGGACGAUAUAACAUAGGACGAGGAUAUCGUCCUACGUGUUCCUGAAAGGUGAAGUGAUCCCACGUAUUUAGGGCCUUAUUAAGGUUAUGCUCUGAUCGAUUUAUUUUGCAAAGGUAACUUGGGAUAAGAGAUAGAACGGAGAUAGAAAGUGUGUAAAAACACUAUAACAUGAGGGGAGGGGUCAUUACAGAGAUAGAAAGUGUGUAAAAAUACUAUAACAUGAGGGAAGGGCCAUUACACCCUAAACAUUAUUUUCAGAAAGCUAUAAGUGCUGUUAUGUUAUGUUUAGAGAUUAGACGGAUUGUGGUGGAGAGAAACACUUUUUUCGACUGCAAGUGACGUUAAAUGUCAAAGUGGUCAGACAUAAACUCCUCUCUUUGCACAGACGCAUUUAGCUUCGGGCUACCUGUGCGUCUUCCACAAAAGGCUGUCGGCUGUCGCAGUGAGAUUGGUGAAUAGUAGAUACGCCACAGGUCGACCACGCCGAAUUUCAAGCACAUAUUCAGAUGUAUAUACUGUAUAACAUUAGGGUCCCGCUUAUAGGGUAUUAUUUUCAUCUAAGGCAAAGCGACAAGCACGCUCGGUGGUUAGACGUUUGUAUUAACAAUUAAUAAACGAUGAAAUUUAGCUAAAAGAUUAACGUUCCCUGAUAUCAUAAAAUGCUGAAUAUGACAGGAAAUGGUCUAGAUCGAACAGAUAUGUACGCUUUUUAUAUUAUCUUCGAAGGGAAGAAAAAAUAGGAAGCAACUGCAAAAAAACACCUAUUAUUUGGGAUAGAGACAUUAAUAUGAACAUUUCUUUCUCAAAGGGAAACAUGAACAUUAAGGAAGAUUUUUCACAAAUAAAAACAGACUUGAAAGGCAAAUUUCACUACGUGAUUAUUAUCAAUUACUGUAGUUUUGUCCUCGCUAAUUGCAAAGGAGCUAAAGGAUUAUAAUACGGCCUUUAGCGAUAAAAUAAAUAAUGUGGAAAAUCUGGGUAAUAAAACAAAAUGGAUGUAGCGAGCGAAAACCGUUUGAAAAGUAAGAUUUCAGGCGCAGGAAAAUAAAUUCCGCUGCAUUACAAGAUUCGUUUGAGAGGCUAUUUACUUAACCGCGUUGAGUUUUUAAAGCGCGCUUUGUACAGUACAGCAGGUUGGAAUUCAUGCGGUUUGCACACCCGUCAUUAGCUAGAUUUGUUUAUAAACAAUCGGCUCUUGGCCAAUUCAUGUCCGCGCUACUUCAAAACAUUCCACCUGCGCGCGUCCAAGACAAGUCUCCAGCCACGAAACCUUUAAGGACUUGUGCCAGACACAUCGCACCGCUACUCCAAGCGCAUAGCCACCCUCCAUUCAGGGGCGACCGUGCGAUUAAAAUUCAAAGGGACACCAAGCGAAGGAAUUGUGAAGGAAUUAAGGAGGAAAAUGAAUCUUGAUUCGCCGCGUUGGAAUCGCACUAGUACCUGAAGUAAAAAUUCUGGAAACUUUCACUAAUAAGGAGAAUGUAGAAGAAUGACCAAGAAGGAAGGUAUAUCACUCUUGCUGCUGAUACUGCUUGUUCUCCUCCUCGCUGGCUUCUCGGAAUCUUCUAGGAAAAGAAGAGGCGCAAGCCGAGAAACUGCUGAAAAGCGCUUGUUGGCCGACCUCUUCAGAAACUACGACAGUGAAGUUCGUCCCGUUUUUAAUGACUCGGAUAAAGUGAACGUGGAAUUCAGUUUGAGCUUGAUCCAGAUUAUCGCUGUGAACAGCAAGUCGCAACUGGUCACAGUUAGCGUUUGGAUUCGCCAGAAAUGGACCAAUCCAAUGCUGGCAUGGAAUACCUCCAAGUAUGGAGGCAUUGAGUCUGUCAACCUUAACCCUGCCAAAGUCUGGAUCCCGGAUAUCAUCCUCUACAACAACGCGGACGAGACAUAUGCAGGAGGGCUGGAAAAAUACAAGACGUCAGUGAUCGCGUCUAGUGACGGCACCCAGGAAUGGAACUCACCCGCUUCCUUCACAAGCACGUGCAAUAUCAACGUGCGCUAUUUCCCGUUUGACAGCCAGAACUGCUCCCUCAAGUUUGGCUCGUGGACGUACGUUGGUAACCGUCUCACCAUGACGUCAACAUCCGAUUCCGCUGACCUCAGUAAGUACGUGAACAACGGUGAAUGGCAUCUCCUGGCUAUGCCUGCAAAGUUAAACAGGGUGUUCUACAACUGCUGCAAGUACCCAUUUUACGAUGUCACGUUGUAUCUAGAGAUCCAGCGCAAGCCACUGUACUACGUUUUCAACCUGAUCAUUCCGUGCGCACUGAUCGCUACUUUAACCCUUAUCAAGUUCUUCCUGCCCCCAGAAUCGGGAGAGAAAGUCGGUUUGGGGAUCACAGUUCUGUUGGCCAUGACUGUGUUUUUGCUUCUGGUAGCAGAGACUUUGCCAUCAACAUCUGAUCAUAUACCCUUGCUCGGACAGUACUUCGUAGCUACAAUGUUUGUAACUGCCAUAUCGUUGGUCGCUACUUGUCUGAUUUUGAAUUUCUUCCAUCGCAACCCCUCCACCUCGCCCAUGCCUCACUGGGUCAAGGUUAUCAUUCUUGACUACAUGGCACGGGUUUUUUGCUUCGGUUCCUUUAUCUCUGAAGAGAAGAUUAUCCCUAAACCGCGUCGACGCAGAAUCGACUUCGACUUCGGGAUGAAUGGCAGCAUGGUGAUGGGUGAACAGAUCGAGCUGAUGAGCAUUCGGGGAAUUGAAGGUGACGUUGAGAGUCCCCGUAACGCUCGCUUAAUGCGUGACGACUCUGUCAUCACCCCUAGCGGUCGCAGCACGCCAUGUGAACGGCGCAGAAUGAGCACCGUCUCCUCACAACUCAACCCCUUCACUGAACGCCUCUUGGAUGAUAUCAACGUGCUGGCGGAGGACGUGCGAGCCAGGCAGGAGGACGAGAGACUAAGGGAGGAGUGGAGGUGCGCCGCGCUCGUCCUCGAUCGCAUGUUCUUCUGGAUUAUGCUUGUGACGUCAUUGAUGACGUCAUUUAUGAUAUUCUACAGGGAUCCCGUGAUGGGCGGGGAGAUUAAGUAGCAUUAAUAUCCACGCUUUACUUCGAGAUCAUUCUUAAGAAAUAGGUUAUUUUUCAUAGGUUUUUACCCGAUAAUAUAAACCCAAGAACAAAUUCAAUGUUAUUUUCCGACGAAAAAAAGAGAUCAGCUACAAUUCAAUGCCAUUUCGACGACAAUUCUGUCGUUAAAGAGACUUUGUUAAAUCAGUUCGAUAUCGAUGUUUAGUUUACACUUGGCAACUUUAAGUUAUACUCUGACUUCUAUAAUGGUGAUAUAUCAGCAACGUUGCUUUACGACCGUUAGGCAUGAGUAACAGUUUGCUGGCUUUUCGCUAAAUAAUCCUCUCUCGUAAAACUACUAAAUUCAAUUGUAAUAUAAUUAUGAUUUUGCUAUAUCUAAAACUUUAUUGAAUAUUGAAAUACAUAAAAGCUCCUUGCUUGAAUGAAUAAACAGCAGAAGGCAAAACACA